AUGUCCUCUGACAAUGCCCUUGUAAACUCUGCGCACCAACCUGGAAACACUUGCAUUGCCUUCUCCAGAGAUGGCUCUCGCGUCUACACCGGGGGAACCGAUUCGCUCGUUCGCUUAUGGCGGGCAGACCUUGGUGCUGAUCAGGAACCUGAUGUUGCCGUAGAAGCUGCAGAGGCGAUCACCAGUCUUGCUACAGGUCGCGACUGCUGGUUUUCUGGAAGCACAGAUACCGAAGUACGACGUUAUGAACAUGCAAUCUCUGAAAUGAGUGGGCUCGUCACCAGCGCCAACGGUGUACCGAUCCGCUGCGUGGCGGUAGACCCGCAGGGCAAGAAGAUUGCAGUCACCUCAGAUGAGCCUAUAGUCAAGAUAAUAGAUCUGGAGGACACCACAAAGGUUAUUGUGCUGAAAACUCACACGAAAGCUGUGCGAAAGGCUACAUGGCAUCCCUCGGGCUCUCUCCUGGCUACGUGUGGAGCAGAUGGUAAAAUCAUUAUUUGGGAUAUUACGGAGAGUGAGGCCAAGGAGGAGAAAAUACUUGAAGGGAUAAUUCCAGCAGUCUCAAAUCCGGACUCUGAUGACUUUUCCCAUGACUGCUCCGCAGUAUGGCAUACGUCCGGGCAGUACUUCUUCGUGGCCACUCGUGCACAUGAGAUUGUGACUAUCUCUAGGAGCGACUGGUCAAAGUCUUCCACAUAUUCUGACGAUGCAUCGUCUGGUGCUAUCACCGCGCUAGCUCUAUCGAAGAAUGGUGUAUACCUUGCGUCUGCCUCGAAGUCUGGCGUGUUUAUAUGGUCCACCCAGACUCGUAGAUUGCUCUUUCGGUGUGCACACACAGUCUCAUGUGCACCCGUUACACAAAUGGCAUUCUCUCCGACCCAGAACCUUCUCGCGUGGACAGACUUUGAGGGUGUCUUGACCCGUUGGCCAGAUCCAAUACCUGCAACUGCUCCUGACCCUGUCAAGGUUUCGUCCGGCAUGGGCACUACAACAGUCCCGCUGAAACGUAGAGGUACACCCACACUAUUUGACGAUGAGGCAGAUGCCGCUAAGGGUAGUAAGGGAGCGGAUGUCGAUUUAGACGAGGAUUUGGGCGUCGAUCUCGACAAUGACGACUGGAUCCUAGACGAUCUUGGAGGUGGAAUGAAUGACGAUGACGGGGAGAAGAGAUGGGCUGCGAAGGAAGGUGUCCGUGAAAUGGUCAGUGUCACAAAAGCUCAGCCUCCUUUCCAACCAGGUUCGACACCAAUGGAUAACAAGAAACGAUACCUUGCGUACAACAUGAUUGGUGUAAUUGAAGUUACCGACCAGGACACGCACCACAUCGUCAAUGUGGAGUUUCAUGACAAAUCUGCGCGCAAGGGAUAUCACUUUACAGACCAUUCGAAGUACGACCUUGCCUCCCUUGGAGAGCGUGGCGCUGUAUACGCAUGCCAACCAGAACAAGAUCAUCCGGCGCAUAUCAUAUACAAGCCGUAUGGCACGUGGGCCACACAGGGUGAAUGGACGUACGAACUACCCAAAGGUACCAAGGUCCUUGGCGUGGCUGCUGGAGGCGCACCGCCGACUAAGUCGCUCCGAGAGAAGUCGGAUGCUGAUAUGCAGGGAAACGGAAAUGUUGUUGUAGCCACGAGCGAGAAUGAGCUCAUCUUUCUGACCGGAACGGGCAUCGAGCGGCAUUGUCUUAGCUUGCAAGGCGAUUUCGUGACUAUGGUCGCAGGGUCGGAAUGGGUAUUUGUUGUACAUCGCGAUGGGGCGACUACUAUGGACGGAUCUCAAAAUCUGACGGGCAGACUGAUCAAGUUUGACGAUGUCUGUUUGCUACAAAAGGACUCCCUGCCAAUACCUAAACGCCAUACUCUUCGGUGGGUCGGCAUUACAGAAGAGGGUGCUCCAGCAAUCUACGAUUCUGCUGGCGUUCUCAAUGUCAUGCCGAGGUUCAGACUGCCGCUCUCGGCGACGUGGACAAGGGUACUUGAUACAAACCUCCUGGAUCGAAGAGAAGGAAAACAAGAAUCAUACUGGCCUGUCGGUCUCUCUGGCGACACCUUCAUGUGCCUGAUUUUGAAGGGACGGCAAGAGCACCCGGGCUUCCCAAGACCUCUCAUCCAGGAGCUGCCUCUGAAGUUCCCAUUCCAUCGAUCAGAUCCUAAGGAAGCACCUCUAGAAGAACACCUUGCUCGUGAGAGCAUGUUCCUAGACAUCUUGCGGGAUGGUCUGGGUGACGAGCUCACGACCGAUGACAUUGCCAGACGAGAACUUGCUCUUGACAAGGAGCUGAUCCAACUGAUCCAGAAUGCGUGUAAAAAUGACAAACUGGCACGGGCAUUGGAUCUAGCAAGGCUUUUGCAUCAUACUGCCUCAUUCGACAUGGCCAUCAAGGUCGCGGGAUUCUACCAUCUUAUUGGUCUCCAAGAGAAGAUGGAGGCGCUGAAGGAGGAUAGGGAAGCGACCGACCGCCUAACGGAUGCACGAGAUAGAAGAAGGCAGCAGGCACCACGUCCCAAGGCAUUCCAAGAUUUCAGACCUCCCCCUCCAAAACACCGACCAGGUCUCGAACGUGCUACACCAGUAGUAGAGACGGCGAAAGAGAGCAUCUCAACCAGACCCGGCAUGAGCAGCCAGCUGACAGAAGACACAACAUUUGGAUCGUCUUACUUAGACGAUACAAUGGACGACUACUCGUUCAAUUCUCCAGGCAGUAAGAGGAAGCGAUCGAGCGAGGAGCUUGUUCGUGAGUCAGGAACACCUGGCGUAGACUACUCAUCGAAGCGACGAGCGGUUGACGAGUCCAUCAGCAUUGCCAAGAUAGCCGCACCACGUAAGCUCCAGUUCGUCCACUGA